AUGUUUCGAAACAAUUCUAGUUCAAAUGAGAUUUCUUCUAAAACUACUAAUGCCUUUGUACAAAAUAAAGACGAGGAGGACAAAUCUGAGAGCUUGCUAAGAGGUAUGGCGCAGCCUCACAAGCCCACAAGUCCUACUCUUCAAGUGCCUGAGAAAAGGGACGUAAUGGUGGUAGAUAUUGGGGUGAGAGAAGAAGAUGGCCCCGUCCUGACUGUGAUAACCAACCAUCCGUCCCAAGCGCCCGCCAAGAUUUCCUCAUCAGAAAUUGGUGAAUGUGAAUCUGACGGUUCUUCCAAAAUGCCACUAGCAGAGACACAAGGAACGGGUGCUCUUUGCUUAGAUAGCAUUAAGUCUAUUAGUGUUAAUGAAUCAUUUAGUGUUAAGGAUAAAUUUAUUUACCCGAGCAAGAGUUCAAUUCAGCCGCCAAACAUUCCAAAAACCAACGAUGAUACCGAUCAAGAUGUUAAAAGCUUUAAAAUCUGUGAUUAUUAUACUCGGUGGGGAAUUCCACGAAACUUCAAACUGUUAGGAGGAGGAGAGAGUUCUCUUACAACAGGAACUACUGGCUGGGGGUCACCACCUUCUAAUCAAGGUGGAAGUUCUGGUUGGAACAGUGCUAGUACUACUAGUGGGAGUAACAGUUCUUCAGGACAAGGUCAAGCAGUUACUGGACAAAGUCCAGCUCCUGCCUCUGCUGGACAAACUUGGGGCAGUACUCAAAACAAUACCAAUAACAGCAAUAGUAAUAGUAACAAUAAUAAUGGAUCUCGUAGUUCAGUCAGCCAGCAAGGUGGAGGUAGCACACAACAGCAACCAGGAGGGGGGCCACCUAGUCAGUCCACGGCUCCACCUGUAGCAGCUGUGUCUACACCAACUGUUACAACUGCUCCAGCCUCUUCAUCAACAAAUACGUCCAAUAUAAAUACUGCAACAACAUCAUCUUCUCAACAAAAUGGUUCAACUGCUGGCAACCAAGUGGUAGGAAGUGGUUCUACCUGGGCCACAGCUGUAGGUAAAGGACUUCCUCCAACCAGCACAGCUACAACUCCCACAUCAAGUGGAAGCACAUCUACUAAACAACAAAUGGAACAACUUAACACAAUGAGGGAAGCUCUCUAUAGUCAAGAUGGAUGGGGUGGUCAAAAUGUCAACCAAGACAGUAAUUGGGAUAUACCGGGUUCUCCGGAACCAGGCACAAAAGACAGCAGCAAUGCAGCUCCUGUUCCUCUUUGGAAAUUACCUAUUAAUAAUGGAACUGACCUUUGGGAAGCUAAUCUCCGAAACGGAGGUGUCCCUCCUCCUGUCAGCCAACAAAGCCAGAAAACUCCUUGGGUUCAUACUCCGAGCACUAACAUUGGUGGUACCUGGGGUGAAGAUGAUGAAGGUGAUGCUUCUAAUGUAUGGACUGGGGUUCCUCAAGCUCAGACAGGAUGUGGUCCUCAGUGGCCUGCUCAGCCACCUCCCAUUUGGCCUGCAACUAAAAAAGAAGGAGAUUGGGGAGGACCUAACUGGAAUGAUCAGCGUGACACAAGAGACCUUCGUCACAGUGAAAUGAGACAAAUGAUGGAUGCUAGAGAUCAUAUGAGACCAACCUCUAUUGAUCACAGAUCAAUGGGAGGUAAUGAUGUUAUAAUGAGAGGUGACCCACGAGGAAUCAGUGGUCGGCUUAAUGGAGUAUCAAGUGAAGCCAUGUGGCCUGGCCCAGGACCUCAUCACCAUAUACCCCAUCAUCAAGGGAAAUUACCUUCUCAACCUAACCAACCAGUUAAUCAAUGGAGCAGUUCUGGACCUCCAAUGAAGGACAUGACUGGUCUUGGUGGUAAAUCAACUGGUUGGGAGGAGCCUUCACCUCCAGCCCAACGAAGGAAUAUGCCUAACUAUGAUGAUGGAACAUCACUUUGGGGGCCACAGCAUCCUAGGCCAACUAUUCAAGGCCAAAAUAAGGUUUCUCAUUGGAAGGAAAUGCCUGCCCCUGGUAUUGGACGAGGUGGCUUACAAUGUCCUCCCGGUCGUGCAAACCCUACUAUGAAACCUGAUCAACCUUUAUGGCCUCAUCAUCCUCGAAAUGAACGGGGAUGGGAAGGAGGAAUGGAUAGUGGUCCUUGGGGUGAUGAAAAACCAACUCCUUCUGCUGCUCCUUGGAUGGAUCAAGGCCUAGCUCCUUCCUCAUGGCAAGGUGGACCAAAACAUAAGCCAGCAUGGGAUGGAUCUGAUUUAGAUCCCACUUCUUGGGUUCACUCGAAACAGCCUUCCAAGUCUGUUUCAAAAGAAUUUAUAUGGACAAGCAAGCAGUUUCGCAUUUUAUCUGAAAUGGGUUUCAAGAAAGAGGAUAUAGAAAGUGCAUUAAGAAGUUCUGGCAUGAGCCUUGAAGAUGCAUUGGAUCAGCUGAACACAAACAGAGGACUAAGUUCUGGAGGCGGUGGUGAAAGAUGGGCUCGCCAUGGUGAUUUAGACCCAGAACAUGCCGCUAUUAUGAAUGCUGCAUUUCCUUCACCUCAACAAACCAUCUGUCUUGCUCCUUAUCCGCAGGGUGGGGGUGGUGGCGGAACUGGGAGCGGACCAGGAGGUGGGCCUACCUUGGCUACAAUAACUCCUGCAGUAAUGCAGAAACUGCUUGCACAGCAACCUCCGCAGCAGCAACCUUUUGCCCAGCAAUCUUCGAGGACACAACAAACUCAACAACCAUCAGCUCAGCAGCUUAGAAUGUUAGUUCAGCAGAUUCAAAUGGCAGUGCAAACUGGUUACCUCAGCCCUCAGAUUUUAAACCAACCACUUGCUCCACAAACUCUUAUUUUAUUGAAUCAACUUCUACAACAGAUAAAGAAUCUUCAGCAGCUUAUGCAACACCAUACUGUUAUGCAAGUAAAUCCUCUUGGUAAACCUAGUUCAAAUCACCUGUUACAAUUAUCUGUGCAGAUCACAAAAACUAAGCAGCAGAUAACCAAUCUUCAGAAUCAGAUUGCUGCUCAGCAAGCCGUGUAUGUUAAGCAUCAGCAACAUACGCCGCCGACCACCGAAUUUUUCAAGAGUUCAUUACAUGAACCGAUUUCUGCUCUUCACCCUAAUUUUUCUGAUCUUUCUCUUAAAGAUCCUCCGACUAGUGGAACUAGUCAGCAGUCACGCUUAAAUCAGUGGAAGUUACCUGCAUUAGAAAAAGACUCAGAUAUUGGUUCAGGUGAAUUUUCAAGAGCUCCUGGUACAACUGCUAAGUCAGCUCAAGGAUCCUCUUCGCCCAAUACUAAUCUAUUACUUGGGCAGGCUGAUGGUACCUGGUCUUCUGUAAAUCGUGAGUCAAGUUGGCCUGAUUCAUCUGGUGAUGAUGCCUCUGGUAAGGAUUGGCCAAAUUCCAAUCAACCUCCAUCGCAAGCAUUCUCUGAUCUUGUUCCUGAGUUUGAACCAGGGAAACCUUGGAAGGGAAACCCAUUGAAAAGCAUUGAAGAUGACCCAAGCCUUACACCAGGCUCUGUUGUGAGGUCUCCCCUUUCUUUGCCUUCAAUAAAGGACACACACAUAUUAUCAUCGAACACUGGAGCUGGCAAAGCCUCACCUACCACUAGUUCCUCCUUGGAUAUCAUUCCAUCUCUUGGCUUAUCAUCCUCUACUUGGAGCUUUAAUCCACCACCUUCUUCAUCUAACACCAGUGUGAAGCUGAAUUCUAGUGGAGCAGGUGGAGGUGGUAGUGGAUCAACAUCAAAUAAUGGUGGAGGCAAAAAUAGUGCUUCAACUUGGGAAACUAAUUCAUCUGAAUUGUGGGCUCCAAAAAGAGGGCCUCCUCCAGGUUUACCAGCCAAACCUACUGGUGGCUCCAGUGGUGGGCAGGCAACAAACGGGUGGGGACCAUUGUCUAGCAGUGGCCGUUGGUCUACUGGGCAAGGUUGGCCUGGACCCAAUCAGGCAGCAGCUACUCAGCCAGGAUCAACUUGGUUGUUAUUGCGCAAUCUUACUCCUCAGAUUGAUGGUUCGACUUUGAAAACCCUUUGUUUACAACAUGGACCUCUAUCUAAUUUUCAUCUGUAUCUAAACCAUGGUAUUGCUCUUGCUAAAUAUGCUUCUCGUGAAGAGGCUAACAAGGCCCAGGGUGCUCUGAACAAUUGUGUUCUUGGGAACACUACAAUCUUUGCCGAGAGCCCUAGUGAGACUGAUGUGCUGUCAUUACUUCAGCAUCUUGGUGGGCAGGGGAGUGCUGCUAGUGGCAGUUCAGCUUGGCGUGGUAAGGAAGCUUGGGGCAAUUCCCAGCUUUGGGGAGCGACAGGAGCGAGCUCUACUGCUGCUUCCCUUUGGGCAGGUGAUAGUGAUCAGCACCGCAACACUCCAUCCUCCAUAAAUUCAUAUUUGCCAGGUGACCUUCUUGGUGGUGAGUCCAUUUAG